ACCUGCUCCACGCGACCACACCGCUGAAAAGAAAAAAGGAUCAGGAGCAGGAGUAGGCCGGAAGCUUAAGCCCAGCGACGGGGUAUUGCCGUCUCUCUCGGCCGUUCUUUGCUUAAGCGCGCCCGCAGCCUCGCAGUUUGUUCGUUUAUUCCGUUCCACGCAUCCCAACAAUUCGCCCAUUCCCACCGCGACAGAGAGGGAGAUUCCGACCGUGUCUUCGUUGGCUUGCGGCCUGUCCUUGGCCAGCUUUGACUUGGGCAGUUGGGUUUCCUCUUCUUUCCUCCUCUUCGUCCACCUUUGCUGGGGAUUUGGUUGGCUCUUCUUGGGUUUUGAGACCAGCGACGGCCUCGAAUUCUCGCUUUGAGUUGCUCCGUCUGGGCGGGUUUGCCGGGAGAGAGGCGGGAUUUCUGUCGAAUUCCGCCCUGGUUCCGUCGAAUUCGGGAGCUUUCUUGAGGAAUCGAGGAGGCGGCGUGCGGUCAUUUCAAGAGGGGGGAAAGGAGCCUCCUUUUUGCUGUAGAUUCGUUGGCGGAGAAGAAAGCGAGAUGGGCAAGCCGUCGCUGAAGAAGAAGAGGGCCUCCGGCGGCGGCGGCGGCGAGCACGGGGGCAAGCCGGCGUCGCUCGAGCGGUCCGGCUCCAAGGUCCUCGACGGCGACGAGACCAUCUUCACGGAAAUGGCGCAGGAGCACAAGGAGGAGGGCAACAAGCUCUUCCAGCGCCGGGACUACGACCGCGCGCUGCUCAACUACGACAAGGCCAUCAAGCUGCUGCCCCGGGCGCACCCCGACGUCGCCUACCUCCACAGCAACAUCGCCGCCUGCUACAUGCAGAUGAGCCCACCCGACUACUACCGCGCCAUCAACGAGUGCAACGUCGCACUCGAGGCCACGCCCAAGUACACCAAGGCGCUGCUCAAGCGGGCGCGCUGUUUCGAGGCGCUGGGCAGGCUCGACCUCGCCUGCAGGGACGUCAACAAGGUGCUCUCCCUGGAGCCCAACAACCUCACCGCGCUGGAUGUGGCCGACAGGGUCAAGAAGGCCAUGGAGGAGAAGGGGAUUGUGCUGGACGACAAGGAGAUCAUGCCCACUCCGGAGGAGGUGGUGGCUGCUGCACCCAAGCAGAAGCCGCGCAAGAAGAGGGGAGGACGGAAGGCCGCUGCCAAGGCCGCAGCGGUGGCUGUGGAGGAGGUCGAGGAGCAGAAGAUAGCGGAAGCUGUCAAGGAAGAGGAUGUGGAGGAGCCGCCGAGGCAGGUGAAACUUGUGUUUGGGGAGGACAUAAGGUGGGCUCAGGUGCCGGCAAGCUGCAGCAUGGCACAGCUGCGUGAGGCCGUCCGGAGCAAGUUUCCAGGGCUGAAGGCUGUUCUUGUCAAGUACAAGGACAAGGAGGGUGAUCUUGUGACAAUUACCAACCAGGAUGAGCUGAAAUGGGCUGAGCAGCUGGCUGAUCCUGGGAGCUCACUUCGGCUGUAUGUCACUGAGGUCAAUCCAGAGCAUGAACCUUAUAUUGAUGAUUCCAAUAGUGGGCCAAUGGAGAGAAAUGUGAACAGCGCUUCAGACAAUGGAAGUAUCAGAAGCAAUAGGCAGGAUGAGGAUAGGAGCACAGUGACUUGCAUUGAUGAUUGGAUUGUGCAAUUCGCUAGGCUUUUCAAGAACCAUGUCGGUGUUAGCUCUGAUGAGUAUCUGGACCUCCAUGAGGUUAGUAUGAAGCUCUACACAGAGGCAAUCGAGGACACUAUUACUACUGAGGAAGCCCAGGAGGUGUUUCAAAUUGCCGAGCGAAACUUUCAAGAGAUGGCAGCGCUUGCAUUUUUCCACUGGGGUAAUGUUCAUAUGUCCCGGGCCAGGAAAAGGUUGUUAUUAUCAGGAGAUGCCCCAAGAGAAUUGGUGCUUGAGCAAGUGAAGGAAGCAUAUGAAUGGGCAAGGGAAGAGUACAAUAAGGCUGGAAAGACAUAUGAAGAAGCUGUGAAGGCCAAGCCGAACUUUUUUGAGGGUUUCCUUGCACUUGCGCAUCAGCAGUUUGAGCAAGCGAAACUGUCAUGGUACUAUGCAGUUGGUAGUAACGUGGAUUUGGAAACAUGUUCAACUGAAAUCUUGGAGCUCUUCAAUAAAGCUGAGGAUAAUAUUGAGAAGGGUAUAGAAAUGUGGGAGGAAAUGGAAGAACAGCGUCUGAAGAAUCGAUCUAAACCUAGUCAGGAGAAUGUUGUGCUAGAGAAGAUGGGCUUGGAGGAGUACAUCAAGGAUGUAUCCACUGAUGACGCGGCUGAACAGGCUUCCAAUUUGAGGUCUCAGAUAAACAUUUUAUGGGGUAUGCUCCUCUAUGAGCGUUCAGUUGUGGAAUUUAAAUUAGGUCUUCCAAUGUGGGAAGAUUGUCUGAUGGCAGCUAUUGAAAAAUUUAAACUUGGGGGAGCUUCAGCUACAGAUAUUGCUGUGCUGGUGAAAAACCACUGCGCCAAUGAAACUGCCCAAGAUGGUUUGGUCUUCAAGAUCGAAGAAAUUGUGCAAGCCUGGAAUGAAAUGUAUGACAUUAAACGGUGGCUGCGUGGUGUUCCAUCCUUCCGCCUUGAGCCACUAUUUAGGAGGAGAGUUCCACAAUUGCAUACUGCACUGGAACAUAUAUAGUGCUCAUGGAGUUGCUAGCAUAUUGAAUUUCAAGGCUUUUUUUUAUCAGUGCCAAUUUUCUCUUUUUGGUCAAUUGCUGCAUGGAAUACAUUACAUGGAUUUGUUCUGUUUUUCUUUUAUACUUGAAAGAGUCUGCUUCCCAGUUGUGAAGCUAUUCAUACAAAGCCUAUUCUUUUCACAAGGCUGGUAGACCUCUGCGAUCUGCAUACACUAGUUCUUGUUUUGGUCAGAUUUGAUUUGUAAGGUGCAGGAAACUGUGCUUUGUUAUUGGACUAGGUUCUGCGUAUGUUGUUGACAUGGUUGUAGUCCAUUGUUGGAGGAUGGGAUUGGUGCCACCCUCCCUUCGCUUCCUGGUAUUUUAUCUGGUCCUGCAAUGUGCAAGCUCAGUUAGGAUUGUACUCCAGUUACAUUUAGAUUUCAUUGUCAAGUUUGAAAGAAUGGAAAAAUAAAAAAAGCAUUCCAAGUGUUCUGUUGA